CUCGACGACAUGACGGCGUUAGUGAGAUUGGCUAUUCUGGCGUUAUGCGCGUGCGCUCACGCCCAGUACGCAGAGGAGCGAGCGCCGCGCUACAUCGCUUCAGAGCCUAAAGUCGCUUCUACGCCUGUGCCUAUACUUAAACAAAUUAACAGGCACAACGAGGACGGAUCCUACACAUACGGCUAUGAGGCCGCGGACGGGUCCUUCAAAAUUGAAACCAAGUCACCAACAGGAGAAGUCAAGGGGAAAUACGGAUACAAAGAUGAUACUGGAAAGGUGCGUGUAAUCGAGUAUGGAGCCAACAAGUACGGCUUCCAGCCAGCUGGAGAGGGCAUCACAGUCGCACCCCCCACUCUCGUCGACGAGUCCACUCGUGACGAAGGCCUGCGACCUAACAAGAACGGCGGACGUUCUCAAUACCGCGAGCCCCAGAACGUAGACUACGACUACGAGGAGCCCGCCCCCGCCCCCGCACCCCGCCCCGCUCCCCGCGCCCAGCAACAAUACAGACCAGCCCCUCAGCCCCAGCAACAAUACAGGCCAGCCCCUCAGCCCCAGCAACAGUACCGAUCGAACCCUCAGCUCCAGCAAGAGUACAGACCUGCCCCACAACAACAGUACAGGCCCGCUCAACAGUCGCCCACUCCACCUAAGCCGGCAUUCUUCGCGGGAGCAGCUCCAGCGCCAGCACCAGUCGAAAACAACUUCUUCAACCCCGAACCCCAAGCAAGACGAUACAACCAGAUACCCAAACAAGACUUCAGGCCCGCGCCCCAACCUCAACAAUUCUCCCCCAAACACACCCAAGUCGACUUCAACCAAGGUUUCAACGCCCCUCAGCCCAAUUUCCACCAAAACCAAAAGAGUAAGCCGUUCUCGAUGCUCGACGAACUCCUAAAGGAGUAUUCCCUCCCACAAGGUGGCGCCGCGCCCCUUCACGACAUCACGUUUGGAUCGUACUAGUCGAUCGUAUUAUUCGAAUAAUCGAUUACAUUUUUGUAAAUAUGUAGUGUAUUUUUUAAUUAAACGAAUUUUUUUAAAUUA